GUUGUGUGGCAGCCUCCAAACUGGGAUACAUACUCCAGGAUUCAGGAUCCAGGAUCGGCUGUGCUGUGGCAGGCGGGACAGGACUCUAAAACAGGUUGAAUGAAAGAAGAAGGGGAAACCCAGAUAGUCAGGAUAUCAGAUGUCCAUCAUCCUUUCGGGUCUUAUCCAUCUCUUUCGCCCAUUGCUUGCCUCCCUCUCCGGCGCACUCGACUGCGAGGGCUUGGUCCCAUGGUACUUCCUGUUGGGCCUCCGCAUCGUGGCCAUCUUCUUUGCCAAUGGCCCCUGGGACACAAUCAGAGAGGAUGUGGCCUGCAACUACCUUGAGCCCCUUCACGACAGGUCACGGGAGUUCUGCACGGCCCUGUGCCACAACCAACACUUCCCGAUAUCCAUUGCAGCUACGUGGGGGCUGGUGUUCAUGGCGUUGCUUCUUCUCGUGGGGCUCAUGCGGCUCACCAGCCCCAGAAGAAGAAAAAAGAGGAAGAGGGAGAAAGAGGAUAAAGACAAAGGGGAAGGGUUGGCAAUUGUUGCCACGGCAACCCAUGGCGGCAGUCCUGACAUAUCGACCAUCUAUGAUGUUGGGCGCCACAAUCUGCCAAUGCGGUAUGGCAACAGUAGAUACCACUAUGACCACCCCCGCAACCAUCACCGUGACCACCACCGUGACCGCCAUCUCCACCAUCCCCGACAUCCUCACUAUGCCCACUGGGAAGAUUGGCAUGGAGCCCAUGGGGCCCCCAUGGCUAAAGAGCAUGGCUCUGACAUGAGCUAUGGCACAUGUGAAGCAAGAGGAUAUGGCAUGUCUGUUCACCCUGGGCACAUUAGCCAAACCAAAAUGCCUGAGCACUGCUAUGACAUGGGUCAGCCUAAAAUGAGUGUAGGCCCAAGGGAGACUAGGCAAACCGAGAUGGCUACACAUCACGAUCACACGAGGCAAACCACAGUUGUGCCCUAUUGUGGGGAAACGGAGCCAUCCAAUUUACCCGCUGUGUGUGCCCCCCUUCCCAUUAGCAGCUCACCUUAUAAAGGCAACAUGGCCCCUAAGUGUUGGCCAUGUGACGAAUGCAAUGAGCCCCUCCAGCGGAGACACAUGGACCCUCAAGAAUCUGGUGAAUCAACUGAUUAUGGGUAUGCUAAAAGACACUUUGGCCAAGGUAAGAUGGUUCCAAGAUACUGUGAAGAUGGCAAAUAUAGUAUGGCAACGAAAUGCAAGCCAGUCACUGAGGGAAACACGGGCCAUAUUGCUGCCCACCCCUGGGCGGAUGACAAGGCAAACAUGGCCAUCAAACGCAGGCUGGUUCAGGGCACUAAGAUGCACAACAAACACCAUGUGACUUUUGACGCCACAAGCAGGAGCGAUAUGGGCUUUGGAAGCAGUGUGUGCCCCCAGCCAUGGACAUCUGAGGAAUCCAACUGCAGGCCCAUCAGUGGGGCGAAAAUGGUGUCCGGACCAAGCAUGGCUGCCGGACCAAUGUUGUGUUGUCAUGGCAAUGCAGCCUGCACAUGCACUGAGGCUGACCCAUAUCACAUGACCCCCUGCUGUGAACCUCAGUGUGAACCCAGUUGCUGUGCCGAGACUACCCACCAUGACGGGCACAGAGAAUCCUCUGCUGGACCAAAGGAGAGAGGCAGGUUUUCCAUCACUAAAAUCUGUGGUGUACCCCUCUUUGAUGUCUGGGUGGCGCUUACCCUAGCUAUGGAGAUCUGUUAUCUCUGUUCCAUUAUUCUCAUCCAGCUGCCUAAGCUUUGGGGUCGGUCGUGGAUGUGCUCCUCGGAGGCUGCCAGCUGCCCCCAACCUAUAGAAUGCGCGGUGAAAGGGCGGGCUGAAAAACGGGUGGCGCUAUGGGGGCUGGCUUUCACCUCCAUCCUUUUCAUCAUAGCAUGCAGUGGCUACUUUCACCUACGGAUGUGCUGGAACAAGAGGUGCCGCCGAAUGUGCAGUGAGAAAGAAGAGGAAAAGCAUGAAGAAGUGUGUGCCGAAGAGACUGAGCAUGAAGGGCGAGUGCUCAGGGGGGAUGUAGAAAGUUGCAACGAAGAGAAUGCAGGGGUGUAGUCAUCCAGGGGCUUGAGGGGGGCUCUUAGGCCCCUUACUAGUUUGAGAGCCAGGUCCCAGCAGGGUCCCUAUGUCUCCAGCAUCCUACGAGCCAAUCAGCAUGAAAGGGGAGUGUGUUGGCCACUGAAAAGAGUCUUCCAGCAUGCUUCCUUCUCCCUUCCUGCUGAUGGGAGCCAAUCAGAAUGAACGGAGGUGAGUUAACUACUGAGAAGACUCUUCUCAGUAGCCAGCACACUCCCUUUUCACACAAAUUGGCUCCUAGGGACAUCUGUUGUUGUGGGAGAAGGCAUUAACAAGCAUCUCAUUCUCAGCCUGGCAGCAAAAAAGGUGGGGGAGAAGAAAGAUGUGUGGUUUUGUUCCGGCCCAAAGCCAGGACUAAGAGAGGAGGAGGAAAAGAUAAAUAAUACGUUUGGGGCUGGAGAGGAGCCUCUGUGUGUGGGGUGUGUGUGUGUGUGUGUGUGUGUGUGCGCACGCGCUUGUGCGCUGCAAGGUGAAAUGGAAAUGAAUAUGCCUAAGAACGUGUGUGUGGUGUAGCCAACACCAGAGCUUAGGAUCAGGAAUUUCCAUGCCUAAAUUUCCUCCUGAAACUCAUAAGCUCUGUCCAAAGGCAGUUACUCUGAGUCUUAGUAUGGCAGCUAAGAAGAGAAACUCAGCAAAGGAAGUUCCUUAUCAUACAGUUUAAUGAUGAGGAUGUUGAUAAAAAACUGCCUGUGUGGGCUAAAACCCGUCUUUUUCCAAUAUUCUGGUAAGUGUGCAAGGAGGAGGGGGUGACUCAGGGAGAUGGGGGUGGGAAAAUCCUUACCUUUUAGAAGGUGACAAAGACCAAAAGGUUACAAGUUUCUAUGCUAGAUGAGUGCCUGGCCUGCUUAAGGAGUGUGAAUUCCUUAAUUAAGAAAAAAGCAGGCUUUGUCUUAGUCCAGCAGCAAAAAAACCCCCAGAAAAAAAGAGUGCCUGUGUACCCAGCAGUUUUUUAAAAGUUUGUUUUUCUUUAUCGCUGUAGGGCUUUCUGAGUCAGUUACACAGGCCCCGGUGAGUGUCAAAUUGCAAGCCAGCUUUUAUUAGUUCCCAUGUCAAAAAGCCAAGAUAAGUUGUUGGGAGAAUUCUGUAAUUGCAGAAGAGACAAUGAAUCCUGACGAUAGCAUCCCAUCUACAUCAUCAAGCAAUUUGGUAGCAGCAAGAGAUAAGCAUGUAGACAUUGAAUUCAGUAAUUCAAGCAAUAUCUCUGACAGUAAUAAAAGACAGUCAAAUGGUGACAGUGAUAGAGAAGCAGAAAAGUAUUUCCAAGCCUGGCCGGAUUCGAUAAUCUUAGAAGGUUGUAUAAUCUUAGAAGGGGUGUGGCUGUGAGGAGGCAUAGCUGUGAGUAUCCUGAAGGGACCCUGCACUUCUGAAUUUGCCACUACACUACUGGAAUAGGACUGAGAAGAUGGUGCAAGGCCAAGUCAACCAUUUCAGACCUCAGGUGCUGCUGAGGUUAAGGAAGAGGGCUCGGAAGACUCAGAGCCAGUGAGGUGUAGUCUAGGAAUGGGAUCAGCACUUUGGUGUCAGUUUGAUUUUUGCUCCGUUGAACUUCCUUUCAGUACUACUUCAUCAGGGAUCAAUGUUCGUUAUUUGCUAUAAAUACUGAUUUGUGUUUCCC